CCCAAAUGUUCCUCCACAACCCCUCGAGAACCCCGCUGUCUCUUUGACGAAAACAAUCAAAUCACGGCGAGCAUGCAAGCGACGCGCCCUUUGCUGGCAUAACACACUCAUCGGCAACUUCGCUCGAUUGCGUACACAUAUUUCUUUUAUAUUGGUGCCGAAUAGCCUGCUCGAACGGACGAUCCGCGGCGCAUCAUGUCGCUCCUCCCCGCCGAGGUCACGGCCGAGCUUGGCCAACUUCUGGAGGCUUUGCAAUCCCCCGACAAUGCUGUACGAUCGCAGGCGGAGGACCACCUCCAAAACAACUGGACUGUGACAAGGCCUGAGGUGCUGCUGAUGGGUCUGGUCGAGUUGAUAGGUGCACAGGCCAAUACCACUACUAUCCGGUCUUCAUCCGCUGUGAUCUUUCGGAGGAUUGCAGGAAAAACGCGUAAAAACGACAAGGGCGAAAGCGUAGACACCUACAUCUCGCUCGCCAAGGACCAGGCUGAAGUAAUCCGACAAAAGCUCCUUCAGACUUUGGCCUCAGAGUCGGACCGUGGCGUGCGCAACAAAAUCAGUGAUGCCGUUGCAGAGGUUGCUCGGCAAUGCAGCGAUAACGGCGUCUCAUGGCCAGACCUUUUGGCGGCGCUCUUCCAGCUUAGCAUGGCACCCGAUGCUGGAAAGAGAGAGAUUUCAUUUAGAGUUUUCGCAACAACGCCUGGAAUCAUUGAGAAGCAACAUGAGGAAAGCGUGGCUCAGGCCUUCUCCACGGCAUUUAAAGACGACACAGUCGCUGUUCGCUUGGCAGCAAUGGAGGCUUUUGCCGCCUUCUUUAGGGGGAUGACGAAGAAGAACCAGACCAAAUAUUUCGGCCUUCUUCCUGAAGUAUUGAACAUUUUGCCACCUAUCAAAGAAUCACAAGAAUCCGACGAUCUCAGCAAGGCUUUGACAGCCCUCAUUGAUCUAGCUGAGAUCUCACCCAAGAUGUUCCGCCAACAAUUCAACCACUUAGUUCAAUUCAGCAUUUCUGUCAUCCAAGACAAGGAACUUGACGAUAUCUGCCGCCAGAAUGCCUUGGAACUGAUGGCGACUUUCGCUGACUACGCCCCGUCCAUGUGCAAGAGGGACCCCAACUAUACGAAUGAUAUGAUUACACAGUGCCUCAGUCUGAUGACCGACUUGGGCGAGGAUGACGACGACGCUGCAGAAUGGCUCGCAUCUGAAGAGCUUGACCAGGAUGAAUCCGACCUCAACCAUGUGGCAGGAGAGCAAUGUAUGGAUAGGUUAGCCAACAAGCUGGGAGGUCAAACCAUCCUCGCCCCGACCUUCAACUGGCUGCCUCGCAUGAUGUCCUCGCCUGUUUGGAGAGAUCGGCAUGCUGCCCUCAUGGCCAUCUCAGCCAUAUCAGAGGGCUGCCGCGACCUUAUGAUUGGUGAGCUCAACCAGGUUUUGGAGCUCGUUGUGCCAGCUCUCAAGGACGCACACCCUCGCGUCAGGUGGGCUGGGUGCAACGCCCUCGGCCAGAUGAGCACGGAUUUUGCGCCGACCAUGCAGAAGGAGCACCAUGAGGUAGUUAUGAAGGCCAUCAUCCCGGUGCUCAUCUCUCCCGAGCCGCGCGUCAAGUCCCACGCCGCUGCUGCCCUCGUCAACUUCUGUGAAGAGGCAGAGAAGAGUAUCCUGGAGCCUUAUCUGGAUGAUCUUCUCUCGCAUCUCUUCCAACUUCUGCAGAACGAAAAGCGUUACGUACAGGAGCAGGCCCUGUCGACCAUUGCGACCAUUGCAGAUGCUGCGGAGCAAGCCUUCUCCAAGUAUUACGAUACGUUGAUGCCGCUUUUGGUUGGCGUUCUGAACCGAGAAGGAGAGAAGGAAUUCCGACUGUUGCGUGCCAAGGCUAUGGAGUGCGCUACUCUGAUUGCACUGGCGGUUGGCCGUGAGAGGCUCGGAAACGACGCGCUAACUCUGGUCCAGCUCCUCGCCACUGUGCAGUCCAACAUCACAGACGCGGACGACCCUCAAGCACAAUACCUUAUGCACUGCUGGGGCCGCAUGUGCCGUGUCCUUGGCCAAGACUUCCUGCCAUUCCUUCACAACGUUAUGCCACCCCUGUUGGAGCUUGCAACAGCCAAGGCCGACAUUCAACUUCUUGACGAUGAGGACCAGGUCGAACAAAUAUCUCAGGAGGAUGGCUGGGAGCUGGUGCCCGUUAAAGGCAAGAUGAUCGGAAUCCGCACAAGCACCAUGGACGACAAGCAUAUGGCCAUUGAAUUGCUUGUUGUGUAUGCUCAGGUUUUGGAGGCUGGCUUUGCGCCUUACGUUCCUGAGAUUAUGGAGAAGGUUGCCAUUCCCGGACUGGCUUUCUUCUUCCACGACCCUGUGCGUUUUAUCUCGGCCAAGUUGGUUCCUCAACUACUUGGCUCGUACAAGAAGGCCUAUGGUCCCACCUCUAAUGAGCUUGCUGGGCUUUGGGCCGGUAUCGUGGACAAGCUCCUGGAGGUUCUCUCAGCCGAGCCGGCGAUCGACACCCUUGCCGAGAUGUACCAGUGUUUCUACGAAUCUGUGGAAGUUGUUGGUGCCCAGUGCAUGAAGGACGAGCAAAUGACCAAGUUUAUCGACUCUGUCCAAUCGACAUUAGAGGACUACAGAGAUCGCGUUAACCAACGUGCAGAAGACAAAGAAGGUGUCACGGCGGAGGAUGCGGAGGACCUGGCCGAGGACAUCUUGAUGGCCAUUGAGGAUGACCAGACGCUCCUCUCGGACAUGAACAAGGCAUUCCAUGUCGUGUUCAAGUACCACGGAUCCUCUUUCCUCAGACACUGGGAACGUCUUAUGCCUACAUAUGAAUCCUUCCUCAAAUCCUCGGAGACGACGCAAAGGCAAUGGGGUCUCUGCAUUAUGGAUGAUGUUCUCGAAUACUGCGGAGCUGACAGCAUCCACUACGCCAACUACAUCAGCCAACCCCUGCUGGACGGCUGCCGGGAUCAAAACGCGGCAAUCAGGCAAGCAGCAGCCUAUGGCAUCGGUGUUGCGGCCCAGAAGGGCGGUGCAGCUUGGGCGCAGUUCCUAGGUGGCGCUCUGGAGUAUCUGUUCCAGGCCGCACAGGUUCCCGAGCCGCGAAGUGAAGAGAAUGUCUAUGCGACCGAGAAUGCGUGUGCUGCGAUAGCCAAGAUCCUCCACUUCAACUCAUCGACCGUUCAAAAUGCAGACGGCAUCAUUGCCCAGUGGCUUGGCACACUUCCGGUCACAAACGAUGAGGAGGCUGCACCGUAUGUUUACGCAUAUCUAGCUGAACUGAUUGACAAGCAACAUCCCGCUGUUAUCAGCCAACCGGACAAGGUUUUCAUAUACACUGCCCAAGGGCUUGAGUCUGAUACGCUCACCGGUCAGACAGCCAUCAGGGUGGUUGCUGCGGUCAAGCAGCUUAUCACUGCCAGCAACAUGGACCCGACGCAGCUUUUGCAACAAUUUGCGCCCGAGGCCCAGCAAACCAUACUUCGUUACUUUAGCAACUAGGCGUCGUUGGGUACCGCUUCAGAUCAAGCCUGACCGCUCAUGCCUGUUGGCGUACAAGGGUUGGGUAUCUUGCUUGUUGCUAUAAGCCGUUGGCUUGUUCCAGAUGUACCAAGCCGUAUUCCCGACGCAAGGACAAAAGGUUUGUACUCGGGAGUAUGCCGAUACUCGGGAUACCAAAAGACUCUCCGAGUCGAGGAGGGUCGUGAGCUGUUUACCAAAGAGCGUUAUUAUUGAAUCUGAGCUGGGGUCGGCUCUCAACAGUUCCACUUGUCGACGAGUAUGAGCAGAAUGCGGGGCACAGAGUAUGUAGAGAGAAACAACAGGAGUUUACGGUUUAUUUGAAAGAUGCCGUUUUAUCGGCCCAGGAUAUCCUUAAGUUAAUUUCAGCCCCAUGGCAUAGGGAGUUGAAGCUUGUGGCAGUUAGAAACGGGUCCUAGCGUGGCGCUGCUCCCAAAGUCACCCACAAUAUGGGCUCGCAUCGCAAUUUUGAUUGUCAGGAAAAAUGAAUAAUGAAUGAAAGGUUCUCAAAUCGCUGGGGGGAAUGGCGCAGUGGUUAAGCGCCAUGGCUGUUACUUGAGUAACGUAGGUUCGAAUCCUGCUCCCUCCACCUCCUCCCCGCUUACCCGUGGCAAGGAUAACCCGGCUGGCUAUCGACAACAACCACCCGCCUGUGCCGUCGAGCCCACACUUGUUGGGAACUUCGUCUCCAUGGCUACAAACGACCGACAGCUCCGCUGUUUGGACACAGGCCCCUCUCGAUGAAGAGCCGUCAACUGCCGUCAGACGAAUCCUCCGUGCGCCUGAAGGCACGGGGUCGCGUCAGUGAACAAACCUGUAAGCAGGACCGGGCACGAACCCGGUCAGGCUCGAUUCGCUUCUAUGCCCUUGUUUUCCGCUGUGUAAAUAGAGAAAAUAGAAAGCGCGCCGAGAUACCCCUCGGGAGGUUGCUAACGGCCGGCUAAUGAGCCGGGCCGAGCCCGGCGUUAAAUAAUACUACUACUACUACUACUACUACUUCUCAAAUCGCUGCACAAAUGAAAAAUUGGCUUUUGACAAAUUCUG